AUGCAGUCCCUCUCCCUCACGGCCGCUGUCGCGCUGUCCCUCGUCGCAGCUGUCGCCUCGUCGUCUCGCGAUCAUCAGCGCAUUGAUCGCUUGUUCCCCACUCGAGACGACGACGACGCAGCGGCCGACUCGUGUCACGGCUACGCGACCAAAGACAAGUGUCUGGCCACCCACUGCGCCUGGUGCGUCUGCGCGGCCGUCCCGUCGUCCUGUUACUCGCUCGAAGAAGCCGACGAACUGCCGCCUGCCAUUUUCCAGUGCUCGAAAGGGCAACACGCGCCGUCUCGACCGCUCUCGUGGGAGCUCGAGCGCGUUCCGUCCACGUCCGUGGAGCUCAGCCGUCUGUUUGACGCCUGGAAGACCGAACACGGCAAGAGCUACGAGUCCGUUGGCCAGCACGAGCUCCGUCGCGGCAUCUUUGAGGUCAAUGCGCGCUCCGUGGCGGCGCACAACAGCAGACCCGACACGCGCUUCCGUCUCGAGCUCAAUGAGUUUGCCGACACGACGUGGGGCGAGUUCCAGAGCUGGUACUUGGGAACACCGCAAGAGUGCUCGGCCACUGUGGCAAUGGACAGUGACGACGCUGUGACGUACGAUCCUGUACCGGCAGAGAGAGACUGGAGAGCAGAGGGAGCUGUGUCGCCGGUGAAGAACCAGGGCAAGUGUGGCUCGUGCUGGACGUUCUCGACCACGGGGUGUCUCGAGAGCCACAUGAAGCUGAAACAUGGCGAGUUUACCAUCUUGUCGGAGCAGAACUUGCUCGACUGUGCACAGAACUUUGACAAUCAUGGCUGCAAUGGCGGGCUGCCGUCGCACGCUUUCGAGUACGUCAAGUACAAUGGGGGCUUGGACUUGGAAUACACUUAUCCAUAUGAGGCAAAGGAGGGCAAGUGCAAGUUCAACACGUACCACGUUGGUGCACAAGUGGACCAGGUGGUGAACAUCACGUCACAGAAUGAGCACGAGCUGAUGGCUGCCGUGGGCACGGUCGGCCCUGUCAGUAUUGCCUUCCAAGUGGUGUCGGACUUUCGCUUCUACAAGUCGGGUGUGUACGAGUCGAGCGAGUGCCGCUCAGGCGAGAAGGAUGUGAACCACGCCGUCCUCGCUGUCGGCUACGGCGUGGAGGACGGCAAGAACCACUGGAUUGUCAAGAACAGCUGGGGGUCGAAGUGGGGACUCGACGGUUUCUUUCAGAUCGCACGGGGCCGUAACAUGUGCGGCUUGGCUGACUGUGCCUCGUAUCCGAUCGUGGUGUAA